GGGGGGGCUUAAGAAAGAUAAUAUACAAUUAAUUAAUUAGACCACUGUUAAUGUUUAUAUCAAGUAGAAAAUACGAACAGAAAAAUUAAUGGGACAAUAGAUAUUAUCAAUUGUGAUUACAAGUUCUAAAAUUGAUUUACUUCAGUGUUUUUUUUUUCGUCAACCUGGCUGUAGAUAUUAAAUUCUACGAUCCAAAAACUUUAAUUUUACAAGCAUGGCUCAAGCAAUCUUUACGAUCACCCUUAUUCUCUUCGCUAUCAUUGGUACCAACGGCGAAACCUACAAAUGGAAGGAUUACGAUGUAACCAGCGAAACUUCAUCAAAAAACGGAGUCAAAAACUUUACAAAAACCCUCUCAAGAACACUGAAAGGAAUUACAACCGUCGACCGGACUGUACAGCUCACAAAUGAAACUACAAAGAAAACAAUAUCUACCGAUCGUUUGAUUACAACCACAAACAACGGAGUCGUAACCUUGGAUCGCACUUUGGAAAAAUUCAACCCUUUGAACAACGAAUUCAUCAACGAUCGCUUCUUCAAUAGUUCUAAAAACGGUACAGUGAGUUUCGUUAAUACAAUAAAAAUUGAUUCCAAGGAAGGUCAUCGAACCAUUGAUUAUUCAGCAAACAGUCGCGAUCCAGACUCGGAUAAAAUUGUCGAGACAAUAUUCACUAAUUAUUAUAAUGCAGAGCGCACUGUUUUGAACUUCAAAGUCGAUGGUGCAGAAAUUUAUCGGACAGUAAAGAAUGUAAACACUGAUGGAAGCAGAACCAUUCAAGAUUCAAAGGCGAUUAAAAAAGGAGAUAAUUUUGAAACUUUAGAGUACAUUAUUACGGAGGUCAACAGGUUCAACUUCGUGACUUCUAUCGACCGAUCGGUUUCAACUAUCAGCGGCGAAGAAACUAAAGCUGUUGAUAGAGCGAUUACAGUUUUCAACAUUCAAAAUGGUUCUAGGACUGUUGAUCGGUUUGUUACGGAGAAGGAUGUUCAUGGUGGACAAAUUAAUGAGCGGAUUUUUGAGAUUGUUGCUGCUGAUGGUACUGUACUUAGUUCAAAAUCAUUGAAGUCAAAAACAAACGCUGAAGGAGGUCUUGAUGCUUUAAAAGGGAUGAAGAAUCUCGCGAGAGCUCAUCUUGCGUUUAUUUCGCUGCAGAUUGUUGAAGAAGAGCUGUCGGAAAUAGCUCGGAAGCUUCGGAAGAACCGGAAUAUUUUUAGUGAAUUAUAAAUUUU